AUGCCCCUGCCAGCAGUUUUAAGGGACGUUGUCAGCCACCAAGCCAAGGCUCUGAACACCCUCCUCCCCCUCCUGGAGCAAAGGGGUAUGCACUGCGGCAUCCCGAACCUCUUUAUCGCAGAGGGGGCCACGAUCAGCGGAUUAUGUCACCCCCAGGUACAGCAAGCUGGCACGGAGCUGCCAUCUGAUGACACGGAUUCAGGAUCUUCCCCGAGGUGCCUCACCCUGGCACAGAGGGCAUCCAGACACCGGCUCUCCAGGGUGGCACGAUCUAUACUGGAGCUGCUGCUGGUGGAGGAGAAUAUGCUGCAACACUUACCGCUGGACCAUCAAUUCACAAUGCAGAUAAAAGACAGCGUAGAGUUCAGGAACAUCUGCACACACAUGGCUCUUCAGACAGAAGACAGGAGGUUCGAUCAAGAUCUGAACUCUGCACAGGAAUGUUUAACACAGAUUAUCUCUAAUAUGACCUGGGACACAUCUUCUAAGACUUGUGACUUCUGUCACUCUGCACAGGAGCAGCUAAAGCGGAUACUACAGAAGCUUCAUGAGGACUAGCUAACCGAGUCCUACCCAGAGGAACAUUUGUUAGCAUGAUUCAGUAUUACAUUUUAUUGAUGCUAUAAUUUAUUAAAGUGGACAGCAUGUCCAUGUUACAUAGCUGUGAAGAAGACUGAAAUCUGGAGUAAGACCCAACUUCUCCCUUCCCAGCGGUAGUGCUUAC